UUGAUACCUAACCUCGUAUUUUUAUUUACAUUGUGAAAGAAAAAAACUAUAAAUAAUUUCAUUAUUUAAUUUAGAGACAGACUCCAGUUUCUACAUGAGAAGAAUGUCCGCUCUUAGGAAAUAUAUAGAUAUUGGAGCCAACCUCACAGAUGAUAUGUACCAAGGGGUCUACCACGGGUCAAAAAAACAUGAGCCGGACUUGGACAAGGUUAUGGCGCGCGCCUGGGCCGGUGGCAUGGACAAGAUGAUUAUCACUGGAGGCAGUGUUAUAGAUAGCAAGAAGGCGAUUGAAUUGUCCCGAACAGAUUCCAGAUUGUUCUCUACUGUAGGAUGUCAUCCGACUCGGUGCACAGAAUUUGUCCAGGACCCUGAGGCCUAUCUUGAUGAUCUUAGGGCUCUCAUUGCCGCUAAUAAGAACAAAGUGGUGGCCAUUGGAGAAUGUGGACUGGACUAUGAGAGGCUGCAUUUCUGUGAUAAAGAUGUUCAACUCAAAUAUUUUGAAUACCAGCUCCUGCUAAGCAAAGAGUUCCACCUCCCACUCUUCCUACACUGCCGCGCCGCAGCCGAUGACCUGGUGGAUAUACUCCACCGUAACCAAGACUCCAUAGUUGGCGGUGUGGUCCACUCCUUCGAUGGAACGGAGCAGGCUUUAGAGAAGAUAUUAGCGCUGGGGAUGUAUAUAGGCAUUAAUGGAUGUUCACUAAGAACCGAGGAGAGCCUGGCAGUAGCUGCAAAGAUACCCAAAGACCGGCUAAUGAUAGAGACCGACUGUCCCUGGUGCGAAGUCAAGCCGACGCACCCCGGCUACAAGCAUGUGACACCCAAGGUCACGGCGGUCAAGAAGGAGAAGCAUUCUGCAGAGUGUCAGGUUAAGGGGAGGAAUGAACCUGUCAACAUUGUACAUGUCUUGGAAAUCUUGGCAGCGAUUCGGAAUGAAGAUGCAAACAAGCUAGCAGAUGUAAUAUACACUAAUACUAUGAAUUUGUUCUUCCCCGAUAAAUAAAUAUUUGAUUAACAAGGAA